AGUUGGUUUAAACUAAUUAAUACUCUUAUUGUAUGACGAACUCUCUUUAAAUAUAUAAAAGUAACUGAAUAAAUAUCUGAUUUUUACAGGGUAAUGUUAAGAACUGUCAGCUAUAGAUUGCAUGGUCUAGUUCCAGCCUCCUACAUUUGUGCAGACCGCUAUGAUAGAGAGGCAGUUGUUAGGUCUUUAGCUGAUGAGGCUACGUUGAAACCUCGAUUGGUUUUAGGACAGCUACCUUCUACACCGGACGAAUUGCUCAAAUUAGAUCAGGUAUUUAUCAAGUCCGAACUUAAAGUAGGUGUUGUCUAUGUCAAAGAAAAUCAAUCCACUGAAGAGCAGAUUUUAGAUAAUACAAAUCACAGUCCAUUGUUUGAGGAAUUUCUUUCAGUUUUAGGAGACAGAGUUCGUCUUAAAG